AUGAACAGCACCCCGGCGAUGGCACCUCUGUCUCCAGGGCUGAGAAUGUUCUCCCCCUCGCUUGCAAAGGGUUCCACUCAUCAGACAAAACAGGCCUCCAGUCCCUUGAAUUCAUCUAACCCGUCCAUCAUGAGCUCUCCAAAACUCUGGCAGAAAGCAUCCAUCUCCAGACUUGCUGAGGAGUUUUUCUGGAUUGGUGGUAGUGUGGUCGCACAGCCAAGAUGGAGACUGGGUCAGAUAGUGGAGAGGUGUAUGUGCACCAUGCAAACCGGCACUCAGAUGACCAAAAUGAAGGGGAAGAAGAAAGGACUGGUCCGAUUCUUUUACCUGGACGAGCACAAGUCCUGCAUCCGGUGGCGGCCCUCCAGGAAACAUGACAAGGCCAAAAUUACUAUUGAUUCCAUCCAUGAAGUCUGCGAGGGGAAAAAGUCAGAGAUCUUCAGGCGCUAUGCAGACAACCGCUUCGACCCAAACUACUGCUUUAGUAUUUAUUACGGGGAGCGAGUUAAGUCCCUGGACCUGGUCUCCACCAACGCAGAGGAGGCCCGCACCUGGAUCACUGGGCUGAAAUACCUCAUGGCUGGCAUCAGUGAUGAGGACAGUUUGGCCCGGAGGCAGCGCACCCGUGAUCAGUGGUUACAGCAGACUUUCUCCGAGGCCGACAAGAAUGGAGAUGGCACCUUGAGCAUUGGAGAGGUUCAUCAGCUGCUCCACAAACUCAAUGUGAAUUUACCCAAGCAGAAAGUCCGGCAGAUGUUUCAUGAAGCGGACACAGACGAGAACCAGGGCUCUCUGGCCUUUGAAGAAUUCUGUUUGUUCUAUAAGAUGAUUUCCACACGCAGAGACCUCUACCUGAUAAUGAUCUCCUACAGCAAUCAGAAAGAAGUCAUGGAUCUUCACGACCUUGCACGCUUUUUGGAAAACGAACAGAAGAUGCGAGGAUUGGCCAAAGAGUAUUUAAUCGAUAUAGUGGCCAAGUUUGAACCAUGUCCUGAGAACCAGCAGCGUACGGUACUCGGUAUUGAUGGUUUGACCAACUACAUGAGGAGCCCUGCAGGUGAUAUCUUCAACCCCGAGCACAAUCAGGUGAACCAGGACAUGACGCAGCCUCUAAGUAACUACUUCAUUGCCACCUCACACAACACCUACCUGACAGGAGACCAGCUGCUCUCUCAAUCUCGAGUGGAAAUGUACGCCUAUGUUCUCCAGGCAGGGUGUCGCUGUGUGGAGGUGGACUGCUGGGACGGACCUGACGGCGAGCCUAUUAUUCAUCACGGCUACACCUUGACAUCCAAAAUUCUCUUCAAAGAUGUCAUUGAAACAAUUAACAAAUAUGCCUUCACAAAAUCACUGUACCCAGUGAUCUUGUCUAUAGAGAACCACUGCACUGUGCCUCAGCAAAAGAAGAUGGCUGAGUAUCUGAGAGAGGUGCUGCAGGACAAACUGGUUCUUUCCAGUAUCAAUGUGCAUGAAUGCAAGAAGCUGCCUUCCCCUGAUAUCCUGAAAGGGAAAGUCUUAAUCAAGGGGAAAAAGCUGCCAGCAAACCUUGAUCCUGAUGCAGAGGAGGGUGAUGUGUCUGAUGAAGACACUGGUGAUGAGGAAGAGGAGGAAGGCGAAGAUGAUAAUGAUAGCUCACAGAGAAAAAAGAGUAUCCGAGUGAGAAGUAAGACGAUGUCUGAUGGCGAGUCAGCCCACAGCAGCAGCAGGGAGAGGACACAAAUUGUUUACCAUCCCAAAAAGAGGAAAACAAUGAGGUUGUCCCGAGCUCUGUCUGACCUGGUCAAGUACACAAAAUCUGUUCGUGUGCAUGACAUAGAAACACAAGCAUUCGCAAACAGUUGGCAGGUAUCAUCCCUCAACGAGACCGUUAUGAACCAGAUCUUACAGCUGAAGCCGGGGGAAUUGGUCCGUUUCAACCAACGCCAGCUUAUAAGAGUCUACCCGUCCAACUACAGAGUCGACUCGAGCAACUUCAACCCACAACCAUACUGGAACACAGGAUGCCAUAUGGUUGCAAUGAAUUAUCAAACAGAGGGCCGUAUGCUUGAACUGAACCAAGCCAAGUUCGCAAGCAAUGGAAACUGUGGAUAUAUUCUGAGGCCUAAGUGCAUGUGUAAAGCUGCCUUCAACCCCAUGUUGGAAGAUCCUCUACCAGGACACAGAAAGACUCAGCUAGUGCUGAAGAUCAUCAGCGGACAGCAGCUUCCCAAACCCAAAGACUCUAUGUUUGGGGACAGAGGAGAGAUUAUCGAUCCUUUUGUUGAAGUUGAGAUAAUUGGCCUACAUUUAGAUUGUUCCAAGCAGCAGACCAGGGUGGUGGAUGAUAAUGGUUUCAACCCAAUGUGGGAGGAGACCCUCGUCUUCAACAUUCAAAUGCCACAGGUCGCCCUGGUGCGUUUCCAAGUGUGGGAUCAUGAUCCUAUUGGACAAGAUUUCAUUGGACAGAGGACUGUUGCUUUCAGAAGUUUAAUGCCAGGUUAUCGGCACGUGUACCUGGAAGGGAUGGCGGAGUCAUCCAUUUUUGUUCAUGUCGCUAUCAAUGAUGUAACCGGAAAGAUCAAACCCAAAAAUGCGGUGCAAGCAGCCAGAAAACACAUUAAAAAAGCAGCUCAGAAGCAUUUGAAGGGUCCUCAGAGGCACCCUUCUCUGGACUUUUCGGUCCAGUCCUCAGAAGACGGACGUGGUCUGUUCUUCCGCAAGGAUCUGGAUACCAUUUCUCAGGACAGCAGGAAUGGAGAAAUAUUUCCGCUGUCACAAGGGCCAGCAGUCAAGGCUGCAAUCCACAAAGAGGCCAUGAGUGAGCCAGUGAGGCGAGCUCACAGAGUUAGACUUCAUGAACCACCAGAGACAAGGAGAGGGAUCUUCAGCCGGAUGUCCUCCACUGACUCCAACCACAUUGGGGCUGCUCCCUGUGCGAAGGCGGACAGCUUUGACCUUGAGACCUCACCCCAGCUUUCUUGUGCUGAUGGCCCUGACAGACAGAAUUUAAUUCAAGAAGAGUUGGAGAAUGAACCUGAUGGAUCAAACUGUGCUGAUCAGGAGACAGUUCGGAUGAUUGAACCAGAGCAGCCUGAACAAUCUGAGGAAUUACGAGUGCAAGACAAGACACCAAUGAUGAACCGCCAGCCUGCUAUCCACUGGCAGACGCAACAAGCACAAAAGAGGCCCAUCCCCAACGGCCUCUGCUUGUCUGACAGCACAUCCAGCAGCAGUGACGGCAGCACUGACAGCCUGGAGUUUGUGCCCUCCUGUGUGCCAGCUGGGGCAGAGCAACGUGAAGGGACCCUGCAGAGGGAGAUGAAGGCCCUUUUUGACCAGAGGAUGAGAGAGAUCCACUGUAAAUCACCGCUUUUUCAAAAUGAUUAA